GUUGCAUCUCCUUACAGAGACACCCAAAAGCCAAACGUUUUCCUCCUCCUCCUUCUCUUCGCUCCCCCGCGGAUCGAACAUGUGGAUCACGAGGGAAAGGACGCCGCGUCUGCUUCAUGGAGUGCUCAGCGUGGACAUACUUGAGAUGGAUAGGCUCCGACUGGGAUGUGGAUACAAUCUUUGGGGGCAGACCGUGAUCGGCCAGAGUUUCACGAGAAGACUCCUAUCCGAGGUCAAGAGGGUGAUCUUGUGCCGUCCCGAGACCGUGGGAUCUUACCUCUAUGCGUGUGUGGAUUUGGACCGGGGGAGGGUCGCGCGGACGGGGACGAUCGGGAACGAGGAUUCGAACCCGUGCUGGGACGAGACCUUCCACAUCUACUGUGCUCACUGGAUCACCCACAUCAUAUUCACCGUCAAAGAUGACAAUCCCGUUGGAGCAACCUUAAUUGGGAGGGCCUAUGUUCCGGCCGAGGAUCUCAUGAAGGGCUUUAUAGUGGAAAGGUGGGUUCCGCUCGAGGAUGAAGACCACAACCCGAUCUACGGAGGGCCGCGGAUUCAUGUCAGGCUGCAAUUCUCGAGGGCCGCCCAGGACAGUCACUGGUCACGUGGGAUCGUUAGCCAGAACUUCGAAGGUGUUCCGCGCACCUUCUUCAACCAGAGGCGACAUUGCAGGGUCACUCUAUAUCAAGAUGCUCAUGUUUCGGACCAUUUCAGCCCUCGCAUCCCGCUCUCUCACGGGCAGUAUGAGCCCCGCCGGUGCUGGGAGGACAUCUUUGACGCCAUCAACAAUGCGAAGCACUUGAUUUAUAUAGCGGGAUGGUCGGUCUACCCGAACAUUGCCCUGAUAAGGGACCCGCGCGGGCCCAGGGAAGGGACCGGUGUUUCGUUAGGUGAGCUGCUGAAGAACAAGGCCAACGAGGAGGGCAUGACAGUCCUGAUGCUUGUCUGGGACGAUCGCACGUCGGUCCCAGAUUUGAAACGGGACGGGCUGAUGGCGACGCACGACCAGGACACGGAGCAGUACUUUCGGAACACGAGAGUGCAUUGCGUCCUGUGCCCUCGGGAUCCCGAAGAGGGCGGGACUAGCAUAAUUCAGGGCCUGGAGGUGUCGGCGCUGUUCACUCAUCACCAGAAGACCGUGGUGGUCGAUGCUGAGAUUCCUGAGGGAGGAUCGCAGAAGAGGAGGAUCGUGAGCUUCAUCGGAGGCAUCGAUCUGUGCGACGGCCGGUACGACACGCAGGACCACCCGCUGUUCAGGACUCUGAAUUCCGACAUCCACAGGAAUGAUUUCCAUCAACCGAAUUUCCAAGGCGCUUCGGUCAAGAAAGGCGGCCCGAGGGAGCCGUGGCACGACGUCCAUUGCCGUCUCGAAGGCCCCGUCGCGUGGGACGUCCUCUAUAACUUCGAGCAGAGGUGGAGGAAGCAAGUGGGGGAGAAACUCCUCAUCCCGAUAAGCAAAAUGGACGAGAUCGUGAUCCACCCGUUGCAAGCCAUGUUAAGUAAUGACACGGACGCAUGGAAUGUCCAAUUGUUCCGGUCCAUUGACGCCAGUUCAGCAGCCAACUUCCCCGAAGAUCCCAAUGCUGCAGUCUCCGUUGGCCUCGUCCGCAUGAGGGGCAACGUCAUUGACCGGAGCAUCCAGGAUGCCUACAUCAAUGCGAUCCGCCGGGCCAAGAACUUCAUCUACAUCGAGAACCAGUACUUCCUGGGCAGCUCCUUCGGGUGGAGGGCCGAGGGCAUCGAAGUUGCGGCCAUCCACGCGCAGCACCUGGUCCCGAAGGAGCUGUCGCUGAAGAUCGUGAGCAAGAUCGAGGCCGGGGAGAGGUUCGCCGUGUACAUCGUGAUCCCGAUGUGGCCCGAGGGCAAACCGGAGAGCAACUCGGUGCAGGCGAUCCUGGAUUGGCAGAGGAGGACGAUGGAGAUGAUGUACACAGACAUUGCCAAUGCCCUCCAGAAGAAGAGGGUUGAUGCCGAUCCUAGAGAUUACUUGGCCUUCUUUUGCCUUGGAAACAGGGAAGCAAGGAGGAGUGAUGAGCUAGUGCCUGAAGAGAAACCAGAGCCAGGUAGUGACUAUCUCAGAGCCCAGGAAGCAAGAAGGUUCAUGAUUUAUGUCCAUGCGAAGAUGAUGAUAGUUGACGACGAGUACAUAAUCGUCGGAUCAGCCAACAUCAAUCAGAGGUCCAUGGACGGCGCCAGAGACACGGAGAUCGCGAUGGGCGCGUUCCAACCGAACCAUCUUGCCACUACUGAGCCGCCUAGGGGCGACAUCUACGGCUUCCGAAUGUCGCUGUGGAAUGAGCACCUCGGCCAUAUCGAGGAAACCUACAAUCAUCCGGAGACUCGGGAGUGCGUGCGGCGUGUGAACGUUCUCGCCCAGCGGAACUGGGACCUGUACGUGGACGACGCGUUCCACGAGGACUUGCCGGCUCACUUGCUUCGUUACCCCAUCGAGGUUGCCAGAAAUGGAGCCGUCACGCCCUUGCCCGGGUUUCAGCAUUUUCCCGACACUAAGGCUCCAAUCUUGGGCGCGAAAUCUGAUUAUCUUCCUUCCUUUCUGACCGCUUGAAAAGAUGAUCAGAUGCAAAAUGGUUUGUUGCAGUGACAAUGCUGUAUUAAACACCAAGAAAUUGACAAUUAACUUAUACUAGUUUGCAAUAUGAAUCUAUGGCUAUCUGUACCAUGUAAAUCACAAAGGACUCAGUUUUAUAAUGUAUAAAGAGUAUGAAUAAAUACAUGGCGAUUCUCGAUACAACAGGUCAAAACAUGAGAACUCAAUCUGAUCCGACACGAAAUUGGUGUCGCGGGAUCUCUCACCUUGAACAUGU